AUGCGACGUGAACCGAAAUCAGUAAACAAAAAUACAUUUCCAUUGAGAGCAUAUUUAAAAGUGGAAAGAGAGCACAUAAAAAAAUUACACAGUCUAAUAGAAACUCAUCAUGUUCCACCACACAAAAUAGCAUCCAUACUUAUGUUGAUUCUAGAAGAUAUACCUUUAUUGAGCAAAUUAGACAUGAUGAGGGAUAGUAUGAGACAGCUUGCUCAAGAAUAUAAAAUAAGUGAUUAUUGUGAGCAUCUCAGAAGUGUUUAUGAUUUAUAUUGUUGCAUUUAUGCACUACCUGAAAUAGGCUGUAGAUAUGGCAUCAAUGAUCAUCACUUAUAUCGUACAGUGGACAAUAGGAUGGAUGGACCAUGGGUUAACAAUGAACCUUACUAG